UGGCAGGAAGCCUCUGAAAAACAAUCCUACUGGCUGUAAUGAGCAACGCAUGCAGACAGGAAGGUCUCUGAAAAACAACCCUACCGGUUAUAAUGAGCAAUGCAUGCACACAGGCACACAGGCACCAUAAUGGGAGUGGGCCAGGGCUUUGUUCAGUGGGCCAGAACAGUGGAGCCUCACGUGACAUUUUGCUGGUACAGUAUAUGAAACAUGAGAGAGCUCAGUCAGCAGAGCAAGACAAGUGCUUCCUCAGAAAAACCACAUCCUCCCUUUCAGUGAGCAAACAAAAAAAGUGUCGACAUCUCUCUACUCUUCUUCCUCCUCCUCUUCCUCUCACUCUCUAUCUUUCUCUGGCUUGUCGCAUGCACAUCAGUCAUCGAAUACUUACACCGGCACAUUUGACAUCUUGGGUGCACGUGUUAACGUUCACACUGGUGGUGAGUUUCAUAUAGCCUGUGAAUACAGAUCUGAGUCUGCAUGUAGAUUUUCUGUUUCAAGUCAAGUGAAGAAUAUCUUAUUUGUUAACUAAUCUGUUUACUUCCUCACAACAACCUCAACAUGUUCCUGGCAAGUUCUUAUCAAACGUAGCCUACUAAUCAUUUUGGGCAAGCAGCCCAAUACUGAAACCUCAAGAUAAGCAUGACCAGGUCUGCUCUCAGUCACUUCAGAGUUAUUUUAAUGCUCAGUCAUCUCUCCUCCAGUCAUCCCAGUAGUCUGUUUGAGUCGAGAGCCACACUGGGGCCACAAAGGCAGCCCCUUUUACAACACUGCCUCCUCAACCUUAAAGGCCCCGUUUUCACAGUUGACAGGAGGUCACGUGUUGUGGCCUGGUUUCUGUGAAAAAUGACGAUGGUGAGAACAUGACAGCUGAAUAGUGGACGUGCCGAGAUGAAGAAUAGCUGCCGCUCAGUGUCUAACUCAGUUUAAAGAGGAUCUAUUAUGCUUUUGUGCUCUUUUUUUCUCUUUCCUUUAGUGUGUUAUAUUGUUUUUUUCUGCAUGUGAAAGGUCGGCAAAGUUACAAAGUCAUCGCCAAAGGGAGUUACUCUCCCCCACAGAAACACUGCUCCUGAACUUCCUGAAACGCCUUGAUUGAAGUCCCACAUUUUCUCCCGUAACGUAGUGAUGUCACCAAGAAACACAUUUGCAUAAUACCUGCCUAGCGGUUAGUUUUGCACGCCCUCAAAAAAAGCUAGUUAGAGCGGAGCUGAAGCGCAGCCCGAAGAGCUUGGUUCACUUGACCAAUCACGACAGAGUUUGGUUCAGUUGACCAAUCAGAGCAGACUGGGCAGCAGCACAGCCGGUACGAGAAAAAUAAAGCAUUUUUUAACCAUUGGAGCAUGUAAACAUGUUCUAGUAGAAACCCAAAAUACAAGUAUGAACCUUAAAAUAAGCAUAAUAUAUCCUCUUUAAGAUUAAGAUGUUUCUGAAGUGGAGACUGUUUGAUUUUUUUUUUUAAUUAAAUAAAAAAGACACUAGCGGUGAAUGAAAAGAAGUGUUUGGGGAAGAUCUUACCACUAAUCAACUAAAAUGUUCUAACACUUACAAAGUUAAUACUGGAAUAGAAGGAAUUUCCCAAACACUCAUUACUUAUUACAUUACAUUGGUGGACAGAUACUCAUCUUCAGAAAGUAUUACACACAAACAAUGCAGUUAGGAGUAGUUAAAACAACAAUAUGUUGCAUGUCACUAAUAAUGAAGGCAGACAUAUCAGAUCAUUCUUACAGUUAUAUCUUGAUAUCUGAAUUUUUCACACGUAAGAUUAAUGCCAGAUGAUUAAUGUCACUUGUGGUACAUUUGGUAUUGUUGAUAGAAAUCUCUUUUUAUUGCUCACUCCUGUCCUAUGUGUCAUACAAUUUCAGAGCAGCUCAUUAGAAUAAUGUAAUUUCUUAGAAUAAUGUUUAUCUCCUCAACAACUUUCUGUAAGAGCAACAGGUUGUACUUGUAGUCAAAUGAGUGUAUGAUAUUUCACUGAAAUUGCCUUCUAAGUCUAAGAAGGAGAGAAAGAGAUGGAUGUAAGAGAGAGAUUGCUUGCAGGCAAAAGAUUGAUUUUGGAUAAAACGAGAGAGAUGGUGCCUGUGGAAAAAAGUGGAGGCUGGAGGAGGGCAUGUUUUUGUGCACAGAGCCAGGGGGUCGCAGCAAAAGACAUAGACAGGAUGAGAGAGCGGGGCAGAGAGAUCUCAAAGACAGUCGUUGAAAUGUUAGGCUUUCAUAAUGAGUCAUCGCUGACAUUUUAUGAAUAAUCCCCUGACACACUUCUGGUCCACUGCUCAGUCGCACACUCAGAGGGUCCCAGCAGGUCACAUCUCGUCUCACCUCCUCGUCCACGAUGCAGCCACUCUAUUAUUUUGCUUUUACUUUCCUGUGCAGUCUCUCUUUCCUCUCUCCUGUGCUUUCCAAUAACUGCAGUGACAGACACUAUGCCUGGCCAGUGAACAAUCCCUACCUUUGCUGUGAAAAGUGCCCACCAGGUACACGUAACGCUGGUCGUCCAGACAAAGAGUCUUGUGGUAUAAAGUGUGAACCUUGCAGUGGUAAACGGUUCACUGAUACCUACAACGUGGAGCUGAGCUGCCAAAUUUGUAAAAACUGCGAUGAAACAAACAUGGAGUAUAGGUCAAACUGUACCACCACUCAUAACGCCGUGUGCGGAUGUAAAGAUGGCUACAGAUGCAUAGACCAACCCUGCAUACAGUGUGAGCUGAUACCAACAACCACCAUCAAAACCACACUCCCUCCGUCCACUACAGCCCUGAUAUCUGUAGCCCUCACCACAUCACCUUCUCAACCAAUCAGAGAUACGGUGUGGUUCCUGGUGAUAAUCGCCCUCCUAUGUGCAGGAAUUGCUAUCGUUGCUGUAACAAAAAUCAAGCCCUUUCUGCGCUGGAUCAAAUUGAAUCACGGCUACUUUUGGGAACCUGCACCACUAUGCUCCGACUCUGAGGAUGGAGACGUAUCCAAGCCUAUCCAGGAAGUGCUUGGGAAAUGUGAUGUGUGAGUUAAAGAGCCUGAACUUGGAUGAGCAAGAAUUUUACAUGCGAACAUUUAGUGCAAAGCACUCUCUCUCGCUGCUUUGGAAAUUUGGGGCAAAUGUUGCUCGGCCCGUGCUGAUGGGUGGAAGCACAUAAAAUGUUAAUUUCAAGACUGAUGCUGUUUUCUGGGAGGAAACGUGACUGUUCGACAUCUGAGACGUUAAGAUGAUAAAAGUGUAUGACAACACAGAGAUAAAGAAUCUGAAAGACACUGAAAAUACAGAGUGGGACAUUGUAACAGUCGUGCACGAGUUAGAAAUUGUGUGGUACGUUGCUAAAUGGUGGUAUUGUACGGCUUUACUUUUAUAGGUGUAUAUAUAUAAAGAGAUUUUUCAGAUCAUAAAUAUCAAUUGUGAAUUCAAAAUAAAAAUUUUAUUGUAA